AUGUGGAAAAAGAAAAGGAAGCCCGAUAUUACCCAUCAUCCAAGUGUUUUCCCCAAGUUCGAACACAUGGAUGGGGUGAAGAAGCCGAGGAAAUGUACAUCUACAGCAAGAUACGACUUUACAAUCUCGGCUGAAGAAAUGAAGCGUCGUACAGUACAAGAUAUUGUUGCUUCAACAAUCGAAUCGAGUAAACAGUUGUCUGUGAAGCCAAACAAAGUCGAGGAGGUAGGAUAACAUUGGGUUGUCGUUUUUAAUAGUGGUAUGUGAGAUAGUUUUGAUGUGUAACUUAACGUGAUCUGAUUUUUACACGGCUUUAGAAUGUUUUUACUUAAUACUGAUAUAUUUAUUAACUGUUUUGGUAACAUUUUCUUGUUUCAGAUCAGAAAAUGGCUGUGUUAUGAACAACCUCGGCUUCGUGUGUUGUUGUUAACUGGACCUUCUGGAUGUGGAAAGUUCACAACACUCAACGUUCUUUGUAAAGAAAACAACAUUGACAUUGUCGAGUAUGUGGAGAAUCAACAUCUGUCCAAGUUUGUUAAGGAAGAUGGAGUUGAACUGGUGGAAGCAAAUCAAGUGACAGCAUUUGAGGACUAUCUUAUCCAUGGCUCUAGACGAUGUUUAGGACAGCCAAGGAGAAAGAAGAUUGUUUUGGUCAGGGAGGUACCUAAUGUUUUUGUUUUGUAAGUUUCCUUUACGGACUUAUGUUGUAAUACAAUAUUAAUGCUUUUCAAUGUAUAGAAUUAUAAAUUAAAAUAUGGAUUCUAGGAAACCUGAUAAACUGACAAAGCUGCUGGCAGAACUUCCACAAUCUUGUAAAACUUCGGUUGUCUUUUGUUUGACUCAAGUCGACGGUAAUUGGAAUCUGAACCCAAGGAGAUUCUCUUCAGCAAUUCCAUCUAUAAUUCCAAUGACUCAAGUUGUUUUGAAUCCCAUCGACAAGUUUAAAAUUACUAACAUAUUAAAACAACUGUCGGGAACGUUUGGGUACAAUGCUGAUCAGAAGUUGUUGGAUGCUGUGAAGGAUAAGGCGAGAGGUAGAUUUUAAACUUUUUUGUAGACUUGUCUUUUUUAAGUCUGGUUUUAUAUAAAACAACAUAAAAUCUAUUGUUUCAGGAGACAUAAACUCGGCUUUAAACUUCAUUGAGCUGUCACGAAAUCAAGGAAAGGCUGAUAUGUGUGAGAUUCUUCAUUCGUCUGACCUAAAGUCUGAUAUUUUUCAUUUCCUUGGGAAAGUAAUGUAUGCAAAGCGAGAGACAGUAGAAGAUAACAUAAAAAGGCAGGAGAUAGAAGAAACAGUGAAAGAAAAGUACAGAAGGAUCGUUCCGCCAACCCAUACGCUUCAAGAACUUUUGGAUCUGAAUCCGCUCCAAAGCCAUACUGUAAAUUGUUUUAUAGUUUUGAUAUUACAGUUUUUUUAUUUAUUGUAUUAAGUUUUCUAAUGUUUUUUAUGUUUAGUUUGAAGUACUUUACAUGUUUUAGGUAUUUAAGCAUUACUAUUACAUAUAUUUAUAUUUUUAGCUAGUGAACUACGUUGCACAUUAUAAGAUGAUGUUGGUAAAGGACGUCCAUGCUUGUGCCAAUAUGUAUAGAGACUUGUGUAUAGCUGAUAGAUUGGGCACUUACUAUGACACUGUAAACGAAGGUUUUAUGGAACAGUACGCGCAAAAGGUAAGAGAAAACAAGUUCGGUUUUGUUUUAGUUAUAUUUGUUUUGAUUUAUAUUUUUUUAAUGAGUAAUAAAAUACAUUCUAUGUCAUAAUAACUUCGUCUUUCUACCACUCUGCUGGAAAGGUUGUCCCUGUAGGGCUGAUGUCCUUCUCGAAGCCUCCAGUACCAUCUAAGGAAAGAUUGAAGGAACGAAUUCUAGAAGUCAAUAGAGUCUACCCGACUAAAUCUUCCACUGAUCUACUCACUAGGUAUGGUAGAUCCUUAUUUUAUAAUAUAAAAUUUUAUAUUGUAACAUUUUUGUGUAUAUUAGUAAAAGUGAUUACCAUUGCUUUAAUGGAUAUUUGUUUUUAGUUAUUUCCCUUUGCUGUCGCUUAUGCCAUCGAAGGGAACACUGCAAGAAACGUCACUAAUGAAGAACCUCAAAUAA